AAGUUAUAAAAAACUCAUCAACAGCGCGCCAUCAUCAUCAACAUUAUCAACUGCUUUAGUCAGCAUCGUCAUAAAAAUCAAACUAGAAGACAUCUAAACUCAAGCACUCUAAGAUAUACAAAAAAAAAAAUAUCAAAAUAUUUGUAUCUGUAUAAUUUUGGGGCAAUAUGCGGCUUUUUAAAAGUAUUUUUACACACAAAAUGUUAGCGACACGAAAUUUUAAAGGAAAAUUAUUUUUAAGUGCUUUUGUCUUUAUGGUUUUGCUGAAUUUCACAGUUGCCGAUUCACGGACCCAUAUACCCGCUCGUAUAUUGGCCAAACAAACCGGUGCUACACAAUUCGAGGAGGAACAAUACGAAACCCAUGCAGAUUGCAGUGAUCACAAGCAUCAUCUAAAGAAGAGAGCUUCCGAUGAAGAUGUCGACUAUGAGGUCUAUCAGGGUGUAGUAGGAAGGCCGGGCAUUGAUUUUCCCAUAUAUCCACGCAUACCCAAGACAUCGUUCAGUUGUAGAUCCUAUGGCAAUGGCUAUUUUGCUGAUAUGGAAACAGACUGUCAAGUCUUCCAUAUAUGUGAGGAGGGUCGCAAGAUAUCAUUCCUUUGUCCCAAUGGUACUAUAUUCCAACAGAGUGAAUUAACCUGUGACUGGUGGUUUAAAGUAAACUGUUUGGGUUCGUCUGGUUUCUAUGCUGACAGCACUGAAUUAUUGAACAAACAAAAGGUGCAACGUUUGAAACCCUCUAUACCGGUGCAAGGUUUUAAUAUUGUAGGUGGCGGUUUGAAUAUUAAGCCACGAGUGCCCGCUAAAGGAAAUGCCCGUUCUAGAGUAGGCAGUGUUAGUGCCAAUAAUGGUAAUAGUAAAUCUGAUAGGCGUAUUGAUUCGGAUGAGGCACCUUCUUUGGAGAGCGUAGAUUUUGAUGAUUUAUCGUCUGAGAAACAGCGAGGAGCAUCAGCCAAGCCUGAAAUUUCCAAUAUCGAUAACAAUGACAACGAAAAUGAAUCCCAAGUUGUGGCAGAAUCUGCCUCUUUUGUCAGCAAUAGAAAUCGCAACAAUUUUAAUUAUGAUAAAGUGAAGCUGGAUAAUACACCCAAGACGAGCAGUUUGGUUAAAUCUGACAAUGGUCGUAGAGGAGCUGGCGAUCGUGGCUCUCAAAGACAUGGUUAUGGCGAACUCAAUGCUGAUUCUACCGAGAGAGGACGUGGUGGUCAAAGAGGUCAACAACGUUAUCGUGAUGACAAGAAACCCGAAUCCUUUGAUCGCAACGAUAAAGUGAAACCCACUAAGAAAGACAGAAUUGUGGUAGACAAUAGCAAUGACAAGUUGAAUAAUCCCACAGCUACAUAUAAUUCAGGAACUUACACCACCGCCAGAAGAUUUGAAUCUACCAGAACUACACCAUUUUAUACACCCACCGUACCAUCUGUAAGCAAAUCGAAGACAACUGAGGGCAAAGCAUUCUAUAUCAAGGGAGCCACUGCUACCACACCAACUCCCCAUCGUUUCAAUGUGAAUAACAAUGGUGCUGGCAUAUUUUUGGAAUCCACGGGUGCAAGUGCAAAAACCACCGCCAAUCCGGUGGAAUUUGAGAUAACAGGUCCCACUACUCUAAAGCCCAUUAUUAUCGGUAUGCGUCAUUAUUUCGAUAAAGACUUCUCGUCCGACAUUAAACCCAAGAGCAACAUUAAUUUGGAGGUUUCAUCAAGAAGCUCGAAUCACAAAUAUGACUCCGAUGACUUUUUCCCAACCACUACACCAGCCACCACUGGACCAACUUAUUUGCCAAAAUCGAAAUCAAUCCCUAGGCUAUCGCUAGAUGCUGCUGGAGACUCAUUCCUAUUCGCCCCCAUAAGUGUGCCACAAGAAGAGAUUUCCCGCAAUGUUAAUGACAUGUUGAAGACAAUCAAUGUAUUGAAGCAUAAUUUCGAUGAUGUGGAGUUGAUUAAGGUUAAUGGCAAGAAUCGUUUAGGUUUGGAUAUUCCACCUUCAUCGGGUCCAGAUGCUUUGAUUUCCUUGGCUCAAUACUUUGCCACGGAACAGCACAAUGAUAAUACAUCAAAGAACCUGAACUCGUUGGAAGAUAAUGCCAGUAAAAAGACCAGCCAUAAAAAUAACAAUGAAAAUGGUAGCGGUAAUGGUAAUGGUAAUAGAAUCGGCGAAAACGGCAAUGGUAGUGGAAGUACAAGUGGUAAUGGAAAUGGUAAUGAUAUUGCUAAUAGAAGUGGAAAGCCUACUAAUACUUUGGCUCCUAAGGAGAAACUUUCCGAUACGACAGCCACAUUAACUACUGAGGCCACACCUAGUUUGGCUGUGAACAGUGACGAUAUUCAUACCAGUUUAUUAAGCAAUGGCACCGUCAACAAAUACAAUACUUUGUUUGGCUUAAAUGCUUCCGAUAACUCAAACGUGGAUCCUUUACAGGGUUUGGCUGAUACCAACGCCCCAAAGCCUAAGGAUAUUAAUACACCCUUCCCCCAAAUCGGCACUACAGAUGCCACUAUUAAGGCCUUGUCUGAAAAGCCAGAGUCACGCAAAAUAGCUCAAGUAUUUUCCAAUGCUUUAACCAAUUAUCUCAAUGAUCCUGCCAAAUUCCGUGAAAGUCUUGCUGCAGUAAGACCCACCGAUCCUACUGUCGAUAAAAAUUCCAAAUUUGUUACUGUAACCGAUUCUACACUUUUUAACCAGGGUACAGCAGCCACCUACUUACCAACUACACCAACCCAAGGUCCCAAUACAGCAGAUGCUACAACACAAUCCAACAUAGCCUCUGUAAUCAAUACAAAUCUUAUAACAUCCACCUUUACACCAGACUCGGCCAGUACCACUGAGGAUUACGAUUCCACCACCUUCAAAAGUUCUUCGGAACAAAAAUCUAGUUUAGAACUCUCCGCCGAAUUGGAGCCUCCCACCCCAGACUCGGGAGAAGGAGAGGAAUUUUUACAGAGAGAGCAAACCCAGUCAUUUGUGAAGCCCAGAAAUGAGUUGUUCAAAAACAAAGAUAAAUCCGGCAAAGUAACCACAGUCAAACCUUGGUCUUUUAUUGAGGAAGAUGAUAUCUUAGAUCCACUUAAGAUUAACGAUGGUUUAAUGAAAUUCAAGACCACGACAUUAAGUCCUUAUGCCUACUUGCCCAGAGAUGAAACCACCAUUUUGCCCAGAUCCCGUCACAGUAGCAAUUUCCAAGUUUUAUCUACUCAUGGACAAAGAAGUCAAUUACAACAUGGCAAUUCGGAAUUAUUAGAAUCUAAACAUAAUUCCAGAUUACGCUCAGAAACAGCAGCUUCCGCAGAUCCUUGGCAAGACAUUUUCGAUUCAUAUGAUUUACCUAAAGACUCUUUACCCUCAAAUACCGGUUUGCAACGUAUUGCCAAUAAAUUGUUUGGUGGUCUCAAUGAAAAUGAAGCCUACCACUUGAGAAACGUUAUGGCCGAAGCUGAACACAACCGCCAGGUAUUGCGUCUGUUAUUGCUGCUCAUACAAACCUGUGACGAUCAAAAUGGCAGAGCUUUGGAAAGAUCUCGCAAGCAUUUAAUUAAUGCUCUUAUAAAUAUGGAUGGUAAAAUUAAUGACGAAACAGCAGUUCAUGUUAAAAACUCGCAUCACAAAGACAAACCCUUAACCACCACCGAACAAUUGCCGGUGACUACCUACAGAAAAACUGGCAGUGGUGAGGAGAUUAGUACCAGUACAUUAAGUUAUCCCUCCACUACCACAGACUUGCCCACCACCACCACAAUAACUGGCUCCACAACACCCACCACCACCGAUGGCAGCAGUAACAGCAGCGGAGAAUCGACUACCACACCGAAAUUCGUCAUAAAAGUGGAGGACAAUGAUAAGGAAGCAUCGACUCUCUCUGCCGUAACUGUGGAUACUGAGGGUAAUUCAGAUAAGAGAGCCUUGGAGUUAUUAAAGUCAUUAUAUUCAUUAGCUUCCAAAUUUACAAGUAGACGGUAA